AUGGAUGGCUUUGUUUUACCAUCGUUUGAGUCCACUUGUAUUUUGAAGGAUAAAGACAUUCUGUGUGUGAAGAGAAAGGGAAGUAGGUUAACUGAGAGUAAAUCUGCAAUGCUGCCGUUAGAAGCUCGUGAAAAUCAAUCCAUAGAGGCUCUGAACCUACUUGCUAUUGAGGGGUUUCAAGAGGAGAAGCCAGAAUAUGAAACUGUUUCCCUAGAUGAUGAAGAUGAUGAUGAUGAUGAUGAUGACGAUGAUCAACCUGAAGAUGUGGUUUAUGUGGAAUCUAAAUCUGAUGUGAAUACAACCUUGAAAAAGAGAAAGGCGUCAAAGAAGCUUAAGAGCCCUAGUCAGAAGAAGAUUAAGAUGUCUACUACUGAAAACGUAUCAGUCAUUCCUGAGGUUGAUGAUAAGGAAAAUGUAAGUAUUAAAGACGGUACUCACCAGCAGCCAAGUCCUGCAAAAAAGUCAUCAAAAAAGUUGUCAAAAAAGUCUAGCAACCUUGAUUUAGUUAAACAAAAAGAUGACAAAAAUGGGUCAACAAGCGAUGAAACAAGGUCUCUUCAGCCUCAAGGUGAAGGCGAAACUAAAAAGUUGCCUAGCAGAAGUGCUCGGCGGAAAAAGGCCAAGAGAAAGUGGUUGAGGGAACGAAAAUUAGAGAAUGAGAAUGAGAAUGAGAAUGAGAAUGAGAAUGAGAAUGAGAAUGAGAAUGAGAAUGAGAAUGAGAAUGAGAAUGAGAAGGAGAAGGUAAGGUAA